AUUACGCAGCAUCUAGCGUAGUUUGUCAAACGUGGUCGAGCGAUCAGGUUCAAAGUUCAGGUUUCAAGGUGCACAUUGCGAGAAUAUCUUUCUUCUUUUCGCUGAUCGAUCUAAUAAGAAAUAAACAAAAGAAAAAAAAUGCCACGACGUGGACGUGCCGCCGCACCUCCUUCAAGAACUGUCAGGCCGGCCGCGGCUGCACCAGCACCUGCACCAUCCCGACUUCCAGCUCAGGCUCCACCAACGGCACCCAUGGUGGCCCAGCCACAGCAGCCGUCCCUCAUGGGCCAAAUGGCCGCCACCGCUGGCGGUGUAGCCAUCGGCUCUGCCGUGGGACACACCAUCGGUCACGCCAUGACUGGACUUUUCAGCGGAGGAUCCAGCGAGACUGCCGCUGCUCCUGCUGCAGCGCCAGCUACGGUCCAGGCCGCUCCGGCACCGGCCACCGGAGCUGCUUGCUCAUGGGAGAUUAAACAGUUUCUGGAAUGCGCUCAGAAUCAAUCCGAUCUGAGUCUGUGUGAAGGAUUCAAUGAGGCACUGCGCCAAUGCAAAAAUGCCAAUAAUAUUAUCUAAAUUGACAUAGAAAAUGAAGAAUUUAGAAAUUGAAGUACAUGGUCUAAUCCUAUAGAUUAUACAGCGAAAAAUUCUGUUUAUUUUUAUCCUUAUAUGCAUCAAUAUUGUUAAUGUAAUAUAAAACAGUCCAGAAUUCUAUAUAUAUAUAUUCUAUUCUAUAUAUAUUUUAGUAUACAAAUUUUAGAACAAUAAAUUAUGUUUAUUUAAAUUUUA